GGGAGGGGCGGGACGGCCGGGAACCCGGAUGUCGGCUCUUCGCAGCUCGGGGGCGGCUCCUCUGCCUGCCGCUUUCUCAGGAGCGAGGGGCGCUGCUGCUUCAGGAGCGGCAGCUGGGCCGGGCUCGGUUAGCGGGGACCACCCAUCCCGGAGCCGACAGCUCCGGGGUCCAACCCCCUCCUCACCCCCCCCCGGCGUUACCGCUGGGCGUUUCCCAAGACUACUGCUCCCGGCCUCCCGUGCGGCACCACCGCCGCUUCCUGGGCGGGGCGGUUGAGCCUGCCUUCUUUCAUUGGGUGUUGUGGGAAUGGAUGAGGCUGUGAGCCAAUCGUCGGGUUCCGGCGGGCCGCGCUGCGGAGGCCUCCCAAUAAGGGGUGGCGGGGGGCAGGCUCUAGGGGCGGUGGCGGCAGUGGCGGGCGGUUGAGCCCCGAGCCCUCCAUGGCGGCCGCUGCCCGCGACCCCCUCUCUGCCGCUGGACUCGACGAGGCGGAUGAGGCGGUCCGGGGCACGUGCGAGGACGCGUCUGUCUGCAAACGGUUUGCUGUGAGUGUUGGUUACUGGAAGGACCCUUAUAUCCAGUAUUUUGUGAGACAAGCCAAAGAGAGAAAAGCACCUGAAAUCAACAGAGGCUAUUACGCUCGUGUUCAUGGAGUCAGUUAUCUACUCAAAGCUUUUCUAAAGAAGACAGAAUGCAACUGUCAAAUAGUUAAUCUCGGUGCUGGCAUGGAUACCCUGUUCUGGAGAUUAAAGGAUGAAAAUCUUCUCCCUAGAAAAUAUUUUGAAGUGGAUUUUCCAAUGAUAGUUGCAAGAAAAAUACAUAAUAUCAAAUCAAAACCUCCCCUGUCAAAACCAAUUAUGGAAUCCCAUUCAGGGGACUCUCUUCUAAUAGAUUCUCACAGCCUGGACUCCACUCGCUAUUCCAUAGUGGGAGCAGAUCUCCGUUUCUCAUCAGAUCUGGAGGAAAAAUUAAAGAAACAUAACCUGGAUAUACAGUUGCCAACACUUCUGGUAGCGGAGUGUGUGCUGGUUUACAUGACACCGCAGCAAUCUGCAGAUCUCCUAAAGUGGGCAGCAAGCACUUUUCCAGUGGCGAUGUUUAUAAAUUAUGAGCAGGUGAAUAUGACGGACCGGUUUGGACAGAUCAUGAUUGAGAACUUGCAGAGACGACAGUGUAACCUGGCUGGAGUGGAAGUCUGCAGAUCCUUAGACUCGCAGAGGGAACGAUUGCUGUUAAAUGGCUGGGAAGCUGCACAAGCCAUUGAUAUGAUGAAAGUAUACAGCUUUUUGCCACAGGCUGAUGUCAAAAGAAUAGAAGCACUUGAAUUCCUAGAUGAAAAGGAACUGUUUGAACAAUUAAUGCAGCACUACUGCAUCUGCUGGGCUUCCAAGGACAGCAGCAAUCUAGGUCUUGCAAACAUCACGUUCUGAUGUGUUUGGAGCGAAGCCGUGAGCCCCAAAGCCACAACGAGAGAUGACAGAAAGUGGGACUUUGCAUGUGCCAUCCUCAGCGUGUCUGCGAGCAGCACCGGUACAAACAGCGCCGCGUGCUGCUGGUGUCGACUCUCCCGUUGGCUUUUGGUACUUUUAAUGAGUCUUUUUUGCCCGUUGUGAGCAAUUGUUGUGAGGCGAGACUCGAAUCCCAUUCCCAGAUGUACGAUGGACUUUCAUAAAAUGUCAGUAAUCCCUGUUUAAAACUGAAAGUAAAGUGUUCUUGGAUUAUAUGAUUUUCCUCUUUUGUCUUUGUGUGGAUGUGUAAAAUGUAUUUGUGACAGAAAGCUGGAAAACCAGUGCUGGCGAGCUGCAUUACUGGAUGUCUUUGCACUGUGCACGGCUGACCUUGGAGGUUAAAUUCUGUAAAUUUUCAUUCUGUUCAGGUUUAAUUUGAUGAAGUGCCACCACGUGAACUUUCUCCAGGCUUUACUGUGGCUCCCAGGGCUGUCACUGUACUGGCUGUGUUCUUGUUGGGGAAGGGAGAAGGAAGAAGGGCUGGGAUUCUUGUUUAGUGAUGCACAAGAACUGGAUGAUGUUCAAGUAGACUGUGUUGAACUGGGAAGGGCUUAGCGUGGCACUUCAGCACUGGGAUGGUGAAGGUAAGAAAUAAAUCUACAUUUGCACUGCUGCUGGUGAUAUCUUUACACCAGUUUCUCAUUCCUCUUUCUUUCCCCAUAAGCGAACAAUCCCAAAAGCAACAGAAGACCUUGUCCUAUUGUUUGAAAUGGAAUCUUGCAACCUUCCUGUGAGAAAAACAAUAAAUGUUUAGUAUUUAUAA